UAAGGAAGAGCGCAGUAGGGAUGGAGAGUAUAUUUAUUCAUAGUGUGUAUACAUAAUUAAUUAAUUUGUAAAUUAAUGUUUAAACUGACCGCAGUUUACCCCGUCCGUGUGAUUUUGAAAGUGUAAACCGAGCCCCGGGCCGGAAUAAAAUAUUAAAAUUGCCAUUAUCUUCACAGAAGAAUUACUCUGUGAAGCGUACUGCACUGAAGUGAGUCUGACGUAUCGGUUAAAUCGACACUAAUUUAACUAUUAUUACAGUUUUAAUUUUUUUUUUUUUUUUGUUACUUUUCAAACACUAUAGUUUCUCGAGAAGUUUGAGACGAAUAUAAUGUCUUUUGGUUAGUUACAAAGAACUGUUGUUGUUUUACUUUAUUUAUUUAUUUAUUUUUAAAACCACCGACAAAGGUGGCUGAGAAUAAAGUGUAUUUUGGCGACGGCUAGUUGAUUACAUGUCGGGCAGGAGCGGUGUUGGGGUGGCCCGCGGUGGAGGUUCAGGGUUACAGCCGCUGAGGGCCACAGUCCCCUUCCAGCUUCACAAACAGACUGGCAGCAGGGAAUACAGCCGGGCAGGUACCAUCGCAGGUGAGAAGACCAAAUCUCGCCCACCAAAGCCGCGCAUCAGACGCACCCUGUCUCUGGACACUAUUGUGGGCCCCUACUUGCAGGGGCAGUGGCCAAGGGAGCUGGAAGGACAUGACCUGUACUUGAAUGACAAGGCUACUCAGGUACUCUUGACUCAUUCACAUGCACAGCCCUUCUGAACCGCUUCAGCAAUGACAAGGCUACUCUGGUACACUCUGCUCAGACACAGUCCCUCUGACCCGCUGUUCCACAAACAUUUAAUUUCAAGUGACGUGGGCCUGUCGUUGCAGUGUACAGCUAUGGCCAAAUGUUUUGCA